AUGAACGUGGUCUUAACAGCUAAAAGCUACGCUGGUCCAGCCAUCGCCGCUGGCACAGGCACCCUCGCCGCGAUUGGCACUACCUACGUUCUCCCCGCCAUCGGCUUCUGCGCGACUGGUGUCAAAGCUGGUUCAAUCGCAGCGGGAGUGCAAGCCUCUCUAUAUGGAGCUACUGUCCCCGCGGGGGGCAUAUUUGCUACACUACAAAGCUGGGGUGCAACAGGGGCUUUAGCUGGGACACUUGGAGCUGCGGCGUUGCCGGUCGGGAUUGUGGUUGCGGGUGGGACCUAUCUUACCGCAAAGGCGCUAGGAGGGUAA